CGUGUAUGCAUGUAUGUAUGUGCAGAUACGCUCCGUAUAUGGUGCUUGGCUAGCUGCAUUCCUUGCAAUUUCCCGAAACCGAGUAGCUUCCUGCACUGACUAACGUAGACGGCAGACAUUUCCACGUCUGCGCGCUAUAUAAACCCGGGCGCUCUGAAGAAAGAGCCUCUCGCUUUAAUUAAUUUCCAGUUUUCCACCACCAGCCGCCGCCUCGAUCAAUAUCUCGUAUUCUCGUCUCGCAAUUAAUCUCGCAGAGCUUGCUUUGCUGGCCCCGAAUCGAAAACCUCGGCACGAAGGAAAGUCUCUGACCAUGGAGCCCGGAAAGCGGCCGGCGUCGCUCCUCGGGACCCUCCGGACGGCGGUGAAGAAGGUCCGUUUCCUGCUCUCCUUCAGCGCCACGCGGUGGAUCCUCUCCUCCAUCGCCGGCCGGAGCCACGCCCAGAGCGCCGCCUCGCCGCGCCGCCUCAGCUUCAGCCUGCGGCAGCCGAGCCUCCUCGACGCGGAGGACCGGUGGUCGCCGCCCGUUGCGCAAUCCGGGCCGUCGAGGACCGCGAGCCUUGGGUCGACGGGGAGCGUGAUUUCGCGGACGAGCAGCGCGGCGGCGUCGGUGGAGCUCUCGAGGUCCGCUUCGGCGACGUCGUCGAGAUCGACCGGCGCGUCGUCGCCGUCUUCGUCGUCGGGGGACGACGACAUCGACCGGCGCGCGGAGCAGUUCAUCGCCAACUUCUACAAGCACAUCCAGAUGGAGCGGCAGGUGUCGCUGCAGCUGAGAUACUGCAGGGCGGACAGCAUGCAGGAGCGGACGCCUCCCAGCCACCCAGGCUGAUUUGAUUUGAAUUUGAUUAGAUCCAGGAUUUACAUUUGCGGAUCUUCGUGUGUAAGAAGAGUAUAUGGAUUUAGAUGGGUGUUUUUUAUUGUCCCAUCAUUUCUGUACAUCUUCUGCCAUGUUUUUUUCUUCUAGGAUUGAUUUGUAUUCUGAGAUUGAGAUUCGGUAGUGUAAAUAGGCAUUAGAAAAUAACGAGCAUUUAAUUCGUGAUUGUCAAUCAGCUCAAUAAUUCAGGAAAAAACAAUGGUGCUCAGCUUCAUGUGGCGAUAGACCAGGGGAAAUACUCGAAUGCAAGAUGUUUGUUUGUUUUUUCGGUUUGGCAAACUCUGUAGUGGGGUUCAGUAUCUCAUAUUGCUCAUCUGCUUCUACAUUAUCAGUUUGGGUUUGCAGAUUAGAGUUUUGCUAGCUGAGUACACGCGCUUGGCUGCGCCGUUAAUGAUUUGAAUCGAUAUUGUGAGUUUCUUAUUGGUAGUUGACUUAUAUUUGGUUAUUUCCCAAAUCCAUUCACGAAAUCAAACAGGCUACUACGUCAAUUUUGAGACAGAAUAUAAAUAGACGUGCUAGAUGUUCAUCAUCACCUACAGAGAGCUAAAGGUAGGAGAGACAAAUGUUACCCUCGAUGCAAAUGCACCAGAAAGCAUAACACUAAGACAGCCCAAGUUAUGCAGGAACAGAUUACAAAGAUAGGUAACAUUGCUAAGAGGUCUCAAGCAUCAUUUGAGUCAUUCAUGAAAGCUGAUGAUGCCGCUUCAGUCUCUAUUGUUAUGAAUGCCGUCCUUGCUUGUGGGGCAACAGAAGGUACCGAUGAGCAUUUCAUUGCCACUGAGUUGUUCGUCAAGAGAGAUCAAAGGGAGAUGUUUCUCCAUAUGAGUGAAGCUUCUAGAUUUGAGUGGCUCAGUAGGAAGUACCGAAUCAAGUAUGGGCACUAGUAGUUGUUGUGUAUUGUCUGAAUAAUUAUGUGUGCUGUAGUUUCAUUUUGAACAAUGUUUAUCUAUUUGACUUGUAAUAAUGAUUUCAACUA